UUGGCGUCUCUCCCUUCUUCGCGUUUUAUCGGUGUUCGACGAGAGGCCCCGACAAUCCCCAACGCCCACCGAGAGAACCAACAGCGGCUGCGGCAUGCUUCUGAGCCCAGGGUUUCGGUCCGCUGCCGCCAUGGCCGGGUGGGACGAGGAAGCCCUCCUCUUCGCGACCGUCGUCGUGGAGGACACGCCCGUGAGGGAAUCCCGUCAGCACAAGCGGAGGCGCCUCAGGACCCCCUUAUCGACCACCUCCACCAGAAAGCGGGCGCCGCGGAGGAAGCCUGCGGUCUCGAUUCCGCCCGUGGUGCUUCGUCUCGACGACGACGACGACGACGAAGAACAAGCCGCUGAUCGUGGCGGUGAGACAACCAACAAAGAGACCGAGGCUGUGGUGGCCGUCGACGGAGCAAAGCAGAUAGACAAAGAAGGAUCUUUGUCUAAGAAGGCACCGAUCAAGGGGUUGCCGUGCAUGGAUCGGUUGAGGGAAGAGCUCUCCUGCGCUAUUUGUCUGGAGAUUUGCUUUGAGCCAAGCACUACUCCUUGUGGGCACAGCUUUUGCAUCAAAUGCUUGAAAUCUGCCGCUAAUAAAUGCGGAAAGAAAUGCCCAAAAUGUAGGCAACUGAUAAGCAAUGCGAGAUCUUGCACUAUAAACACAGUAUUGUGGAACACAAUUCAGCUUCUAUUCCCUGAAGAAGUGGAAGCACGGAAGAGCAGCAGCGCAGUCGCUGCUACUCCACCUGGUGGCAAAACCCAGAGCAGCAGUUCUGAACAGAACAACAGCAACAGAAACAUCAGUAGCAGAAGCAUCAGGAGAAGUGCAGCUCAAGCUUCUUCCCAGGUGACGGAGAGAGACGCCAGGAGCUUCAGAAGAAGGAUUGGCCCGAGCCAGUCGGAGGACGCAGCCAUGGCUUUGAGGUUGCAAAGGGAAGAAUUCAGGGUGGCAUUUCAAGGCAGCCGCGAGCAACAGCUACGCGCACUCCGUUCUGCUCGAGCCAAUCUUAGAGCUGCCGCCUCCAUGACCGUCUACGGUCGCCUAAGGGGCCGAACAACGUAACAUAGCGAUUGAUUGACCUGUUGACGGACAAUGCUCUGCUGCAUUCUCUUUGCCAAUUGAAAUGGCACGGCACGUUGACUCUGAGAGUGAGUCAACAGUCAUUCAAAGAAUCAGGUAGGAACCGUGGAAAUCUUUGUGCUAGUUGGUCAACUCUUAAUCCAAUGUUAUUCUGAAUUCAAAUGAAUUAUUUA